GGGAGAGGGAGAGGGAGAGGGAGAGGGAGAGGGAGAGAGAAUCAAAGGCUAGGAGAAAGAAAGGAGAGAGAAGUAGAGCUGUAUUCCACAUGGCCUCGUUGCCGCUGGGGCCUCAUCCACCGCCAGAGAAUGAGGCAGUGAAAAUUGCGCCUCGUCGGUCGGAGAUGGGAGACGAUAAGGAAAUGUCAGCUCCUGUUGUAGAGGGGAAUGAUCCAGUCACUGGUCACAUCAUUUCUACCACCAUUGGAGGCAAAAAUGGUGAAGCCAAACGGACCAUCAGUUAUAUGGCAGAACGUGUUGUGGGGACUGGGUCAUUUGGAAUUGUGUUUCAGGCAAAAUGCUUGGAGACUGGAGAAACAGUCGCCAUAAAGAAGGUCCUGCAGGACAGGCGGUAUAAAAACCGUGAGCUGCAGUUAAUGCGCUCGAUGGAGCAUCCAAAUGUGAUUUGUCUGAAACACUGUUUCUUUUCUACCACGAGUAAGAAUGAGCUUUUUCUCAACUUGGUCAUGGAAUAUGUCCCUGAGACUGUUUAUCGGGUUCUGAAGCACUAUAGCAAUGUGGGCCAGAGGAUGCCAUUGAUCUAUGUGAAACUCUAUAUGUACCAAAUUUUUAGGGGGCUGGCAUAUAUUCACACUGUUCAUGGAGUUUGCCAUAGGGAUGUAAAGCCACAAAAUCUUUUGGUUGAUCCUCUUACACAUCAGGUCAAACUUUGUGAUUUUGGAAGCGCAAAGGUUCUGGUCAAGGGUGAAGCAAACAUAUCAUACAUAUGCUCUCGCUACUACAGGGCUCCUGAGCUCAUAUUUGGUGCGACUGAAUACACAACAUCCAUUGACAUCUGGUCAGCUGGUUGCGUUCUUGCUGAGCUCCUUCUGGGACAGCCAUUGUUUCCUGGAGAUGGUGCAGUGGACCAACUUGUGGAGAUCAUUAGGGUCCUUGGUACUCCAACUCGAGAAGAAAUCCGUUGCAUGAAUCCAAACUACACCGAGUUUAGGUUUCCUCAGAUAAAAGCUCAUCCAUGGCAUAAGGUUUUCCACAAGCGAAUGCCUCCAGAAGCAAUAGAUCUUGCUUCAAGGCUUCUUCAAUAUUCGCCAAGCCUUCGUUGUACUGCGCUAGAAGCAUGUGCACAUUCUUUCUUUGAUGAACUUCGGGAACCCAAUGCCCGCCUUCCAAAUGGCCGUCCUUUUCCUCCCCUCUUCAACUUCAAACAGGAGUUAUCUGGAGCCUCACCAGAGCUCAUUAACAAACUUGUACCCGAACACGUUAGGAGGCAAUUUGGUACGAAUUUCUUGCAUCCUGCAGGCACGUAAACGAGGAAAGCCAAAUAGAAUUGAUUUCUGCAACCAGAUGGAUGUAAAAGCGAAGAGUUACCAUUGUGGUUUAAUCACUUGCGUUACCAUGCCCAAAAGCUGGGGUCUCUAGUUCAGCGAAGUUAUAUACUGACAGGGGUUGCUGGAGAGAUUGGCCUUCUAAGAUUUGUUUUUUUCUGCUCUUCCCCCUCUUGUACCUCAUGUCCUUUUUUUUUUUUUUUCUUUUUCUUCUAGCCACAUUGUUUCUUGUUUUUUGUAUAUUUAUCUGAUCAUAAAGGUAGGCUGGGUUGGACUGAUGAGGAAGCUGCAAGGUAG